CGUUCAGUUGCCCCUGUCUUCAAUUACCGGUUUUAUCACUCUCAGGAUACCUCUUUACAGAAAGAUGGCUCGGAUAUCGCUAUGGGGAGCGAUUUUGCUAGUCCUGAUGCAUUUUGCAGCUUCGGAAAAACCACAGAACAAUACUUUAACCACAAAAAUCAAAGCCGUCAAAAGGGAUCUCCAAGCGGUAGGUUACACGACAUAUUUUGGCAAAUCCUCGGCAGCUAAUCCUUUUGCCUCCUACAUCACACCUAAAACCAGCUACAUUAAAAGAAAUCCCGCAUCUAAUUAUAUUGUGAGCUUGGGAUCGACACCUUCGAUUCCUACUUUAUCAGGCUAUUACACAACAAGUUACCAACCACACAGUUACAAACCAUCACAUUCCCAUCCACCAGCGCCAUCGCCAGCAGAAACAAUUAAAUGCGGUGACUCCUUCCCCAUUCAGUGCCAACAAUCUAGAUAUCGAACUUUCGAUGGUUCCUGCAACAAUCAAUAUCGGCCAACAUGGGGAAUGGCAAAUACCAGAUAUGGUCGUCUCCUUCCUGCAGAAUACGCUGAUGGCAUUCAUGCUCCCAGAGCAGCAAGAAGUGGAAAUACCUUGCCAGCAUCAAGGACUCUUAGCUACGUUCUUAGCCCUGACUACGAAAUUCUUGAUCCGAAAUGGACACUUGCUGCUAUGCAGUGGGGCCAAAUCAUCACUCAUGACAUGGCUAUGAUUGAUGGAAGCACACAAUCGACUGCGCAUCCAACAAAAUGCUGCUCACCUGCUGGACAGCUAAUUGUCGAGGCUUUAGAUAGUCCAUUAUGCUAUCCAAUUAUCGUGCCGGACAAUGAUCCCGUCUAUGCAAGCAGUGGAAUGAAAUGCAUGAACUUCGUCCGUAGUAAUACCGACCUUGACCGUGGCUGCUCUUCAAGUUACGAGCCUGCAGAACAGUUGACGGUUGUAACAUCUUUCCUGGACCUUUCCUUAGUUUAUGGAGCAAGUGAUCAGGUUGCAGCUGGAAUGCGCGCAGGAGUAGGUGGUAGAUUAACGGUAGAUGUGCGCGGUAAUCGGGAAUGGCUUCCACCUUCUCUAAACCGGACCCGCGACUGUGAUCAAUCCGCCCAAGUAUGCUACAGAUCCGGUGACACCAGAGUGAACCAGAAUCCACAACUGACAGUUCUGCAACUCAUUUUGCACAGAGAACACAAUCGUAUUUCUGGUGUUUUGGCUCAAAUUAAUCCCCAUUGGUCAGACGAAACGAUUUUCCAAGAAGCAAGAAGAAUUCUGAUGGCUAUAAAUCAACAUAUCUCCUAUGUUGAAUGGCUUCCAAUAUUUAUAGGCCUUGAAAAUGCUUAUCGCUACAAAAUCUUAUACAACACUAAGGACUAUGUCAACGAUUACGAUUAUUCCGUAAAUCCUAGUGUUCUGAAUGAGUUUUCAACUGCAGCUUUCCGAUCCUUCCAUUCACUGAUUGCUGGUAAUUUAGAUUUGGUGAAUGAACCCAGAUUCACUUAUGCAUACAAUCCGUUCAGAUCUUUGAGACUGAGCGACCACUUUAACAAUCCGACUGUUCUUGAACAAAACAACAACUUUGCUGAUUUGACUAGAGGACUUGGAACUCAACCUGAAGAAGCUGCUGAUCAAUUCUUUGAUAAAGAGGUAACAAACUACUUAUUCCGAGGCAUGAAUGCACUGGGAGGAGAUCUUCGAGCUACUGAUAUUCAAAGAAGCCGAGACCAUGCUCUUGCAUCUUACAACAAAUUCCGCGGUUAUUGCGGACUUCCAACGGCAACAGCCUGGAACGAUUUCCUCGACUACAUUUCUCCUGAAAAUGUUCAAAGAUUAUCGCAAAUGUACGAGAGUGUAGAUGAUGUCGAUUUAACCGUAGGUGGAAUUCUGGAACAGCACGUUCCAGGAUCUUUGGCUGGACCAACUUUCCUUUGCAUAUUAACUGAACAGUUCUUCAGGACGAGAGUAGGAGAUCGCUUCUGGUAUGAAAGCGGUGAUCCCGAAAUAGCUUUUACUCUUGAACAACUGAACGAGAUUCGCAAAGUAACAGUAUCGAGAUUGUUCUGUGACAAUGGAGACAAUGUACAAACAAUGCAGCCCAGAGGAUUCGAACAAAUCUCCGAAACAAAUCCUCUAAUGAGUUGUGAACUUAUUCCUGCCAUCGACUUGUCCUUGUGGAAGGACUAUUCGCCAUCGUAUAUACAGCAACGACCAUUUUAAAAGAAUUAAGAGUUUAUCAAAGAAAUAUGUUAUUAUUUGUAUUUUUAGUGAAUUUUGUAAGUUAAUAUUUUAUUGUACAGUUAUAUAAUUAUCGAGCAAUUCUUAGUGUUCAUCCACUUGACGGAAGUGUAAAAACUUCAUAUUAGCUACAUCAUUAUCAUCCAAUUUUUAUAUUAUGAAAUAAAAUACCACUCUUGUGAAAA